AACGUCUGUCUUCACGCCUCUCUGAAGAAGACUAAGGUCAGGCUGAACCAGUUUUCCUGCAGUCUGCAUAGUUAGCAGCUCGUAGGCAGACACUCCACAGAACUCCUUCUGGACUGAUUUUCCACAUGGUCUUCCUUGUUUCCAUUUUUUAUCAUUUUUAUUGCGGUUGUUCAUCGUUAUUGUUUUGUUUUUGACUAUAGGUGUGACAGAGUGAACUCUUGACCUGCAGGAGGUUCAUAAAGGAGCACUUUUAGUUUCUUCUUCAGUCAUUCUGAGGAGUACAGGUUCUGAUUGUCUCUGAGUUGUGCCGGACAGAGCUGCAGUCAUGGGAGAAUGGGGAUUUCUCGGCUCGCUUUUUGACACUCUGUCAAGCCACUCGCCUAUGCUGGGUCGGUUCUGGCUUUUUCUCAUGCUCGUUUUCCGGAUCCUGAUCCUCGGGACCGUUGCCACUGACAUGUUUGAAGAUGAACAAGAGGAAUUUAUCUGCAACACCGCCCAGCCGGGCUGCAAGCAGGUGUGCUACGACAUGGCCUUCCCAAUCUCCCAGUACCGGUUCUGGGUGUUUCAUAUCGUUCUCAUCGCUACUCCAUCCCUGCUUUUUCUCCUGUAUGCCACUCAUCAUCACAACAAAAGAGCCAACCACUCUGACUCUUGCCUACGCAGCAGUAAGAACUUCAGAGAGGAGAAGCGUUUCAAGAGGUUCUACAUUAUUAACCUGCUUUUCCGUAUCGGUGCAGAAGUGGGUUUCAUUGUGGGUCAGUGGAAGCUAUACGGCUUUGAGGUGAAAGCCCACUUUGAAUGUGAGCGCUUCCCCUGCCCAAAGAUUGUGGACUGUUUCACCUCCCGUCCCGCAGAGAAAACAAUCUUCCUCCACUUCUACUUCUUUGUUGGGGUCUUAUCAGCAUUCAUCAGCUUCUUGGAGCUCUGCUACUGCACCGUCAAGUGGUUUUGUUAUACUCAGAGGAAGUCCGCUUCCCUGGACUCCUGCACUUGUGAGAAGAUCCUUAAUUGUAGCCAAGAGGACCACGAGGAGGAGAAAGACACAAAAAAGACUUUUGUGAGAGCCAAGAGGGGAUCAGUGAGAGGCAGUAACAACAGCAUCAGAAACAGUGUCCGAAAGCAGAAGAACGGCAAACAGGAAAGCAACAAACCCCACAUCGUUUGACAAUCGGACCAAAGGAAAGAUACAUUUUUAAAAGAUGUAUUUAUAAAGAAUGGAGGAGUGAGAAAUCCAUCCUUUUUAUUAUUCUGCUGUGCAAGUCCUGUCAUUUUUUUCUACUUUUUUAAGAAUUAAAAGCAGGGGUGACUAGAGAAACAUUCAGAAAGACCUUUACUUCAUGAAAAAAUGUCCUUUUCUCAGAAGAAUUCUCAUCAAGAGAGUUUUUCAAUAGCAAAAUAAUAUAUAAAAUUCCUCAGAAUGACUAGAAUUUGUUUCAUGAAAUAAGAAUCCUUGAUAAGACCAUUUUUCUUAUCCUAUUGACAGAUUUCUUUUUAGGAAAUAACUUAACUGCAUGAUAAAAUCCUCUGCAAAAAUGUUUGAUGCAAUGUAAUCUGAACUCUGGUUAAAACCAGAAACUUAACCAACAACAUUUCUAGUUACUAAACGACUGAUGAAAACCAAUCAAAAUCCUCCUUUGAUGCAAAGCAGUCAAAUCCUGUGAGAAGUGCCUGUAAACGUGUCAGAAACAUGUUUUUUUUUAAAAAUAGAUUACUUUAAUAAUCCCAAAGCACAAUUGUAAUUAUUGUCUUGAACUUUUUACAAUAGACAAGGAGAGCCUUGAGCUGGAAACUUGCUUUAACUUUUAUUUGCAUGAAGCAGUUUUGUUUUUGCUGGUUAUUUUCUUUUGAACCAGUAUUACUAGUUUCUUAAUUUAACUAACAAAGGACUGAACUCAGUCUGACAAUUACAGGAAUUUGUUUGGGACAGUCGUGACAUUUAGUUUUUCCAUGUGGGGAUCUUUUGUAGCAGGGGUUGCCCUUUUUGGGGCUCCAGCAUUACAGUCUAGGUUGGGGGACCCUGUUGGUGUCCCCAACCUCUCUUUUAGAAUUACACUCAUGUUUUUGUUUGCAUUGUGUGUGGGAGAUCAUAAAGUGUUUGUGUCAAUGGAGGGGAGGAGGGGGACAAAGGUGUAGGAUGGUUUUAAUUACAUUUUUUUAACUAUUUAAAUAUAGCUUGAUUAGUUGAACUGACAAAAACUAAGCCUUUAGGGAAAAAAAAGAAACUUUAAGGAUUCAGUUUUUAGAUAUUUUUAUGUCGAAUUAUUUUUUUAAGCAAUUGUAAUGAAAACAAAGUCACAUCUCAAUUUGCAUUUGCUUCUUUUAACAUUUUUUUGAAAAUAAAUUCUUUGAAAACAUGAUUUCCUGUCACUUCUAAAAGUGGAAAAAAUGACAUGAAUAUAUAUGUGAAAUGAUGACUUGUUGACAUCAGUAUUUCUGGGAAUGUUCCCAGAUGUGGCCAAACUUACUGGAAAGCUGAGGCAUUUCAAGCCAACAGGAGCUUGUUUGAAUCUGUCUUAACCAGCCCUGUUGCAUAAUGAACAAAAAUCCUUUAACUGAGGUCUGCACAAAUAUUUUUUGAUUAUUUAUCCAUUUUUCAGGAUGUUUGUUUGUUUGUUAACGCUUCGGGUUUUUAGAAAUCCAGUUAAAAAACCCAGAAAAAUGUCUUUUUUAUUUAUUUAAAGUCAAGAUGGAUUUUUUUUAAAUAUAAUUCCCAAAGGUCUUUUGGAUUUUUGUCAUCAUGAGGGUAUUAGGAUUCUUUUUUAUCAGUUAUCUCUUCAUCAACACUGAAAAGAAUUGACCAUGGGGCACUUUGGUUUUGUAUGAACUUUCAAAUCUAUGUUUUGCUUUUUUUUAAACAGUUGUGAUGUAUGUAUACACAAAGCAAUUUUGGUGCAAAUAAAAAGUUUUUUUUUUUU